UUUUUCCAUUUUCCUACUUGUGCCUUUUGUUCUAUUUUUGCCAUAACAGCCAUUUUCCAGCAGCCGUUCUCCCCAUUUGUAUCAUACACAACUUCUCCAACUUGGAUUAUUGUUUACUCUGAUAUUUCCUUUUUCUUGUCGAAUACAUACAUUAUACUCAGUCCUCUUUGUUCAACAUGCCGCCUGUAGCAACUCAACCCGAGAAGCUAGACUCGAAACAGAAAAUCGGAAAGGAGCAGCUUGACCCUGACCAUCCUGGUCCACUUCCACCGGGAUGCUAUAUCAAACCAUCGCCUCCAUUAAAUACCAAAGAUUUGCUGAUCACACAGAAUUUGGACGACUUUACGGCAAAGUAUCAGGAAGCCGAAGCGUUCAAAGCAAUGGAGAAAGCCCGCCGAGCUGCAAACUAUCUCGCAGCUGCAAUGAUCUUUUUGAAGGAUAAUGUUGAUUUGUCGCAGCCUUUGAAGAGGGAGCACAUCAAACCCAGAUUGCUGGGGCACUGGGGAACAUGCCCGGCAAUCACGUUCAUAUACUCUCACUGUGAUAACAUCAUCAAAAAGCAUGAUCUAGACAUGUUUCUCGUCGUAGGUCCUGGUCACGGUGCUCCAGGAGUGCUGGCAAACUUGUAUUUGGAGGGUACCCUUGCCAAGUUUGAUAGCCGCUACAGCUGGAGCGAAGAAGGAUUUCGCAACCUUGUGCGUGGAUUUUCUUGGCCAGGAGGUUUUCCAAGCCAUGUUAAUGCGGAGGUGCCUGGCUCUAUUCACGAAGGGGGCGAAUUGGGAUAUGCUUUAAGCGUCAGUUUCGGUGCAGUGAUGGAUAAUCCUGACGUAAUUGUAACUUGCAUUGUUGGAGAUGGAGAAGCCGAAACUGGACCUACCGCGACAGGUUGGCACUCGUACAAGUAUAUCGACCCCAAAGAAAGCGGUGCAGUCCUCCCGAUUUUGAACGCCAAUGGUUAUAAAAUUUCAGAGCCAACCAUCUUUGGAUCCAUGGCCGAUGAAGAGCUUGCAGCACUCUUCAGUGGAUAUGGCUAUCAGGUGCGCAUUGUGGAAAACAUGGAGAAAAUUGAUGUCGAUAUGUCCGCUGCAAUGGAAUGGGCGUAUGGCGAGAUUCGCCGCAUUCAGCAAGCAGCUCGCAGCGGAAAUCCGAUCGCCAAGCCUCGUUGGCCCAUGUUGAUUCUACGAACACCAAAAGGAUGGACCGGGCCACAGGAGGUUCACGGGAAGCAAAUAGUGGGCACUUGGAGGGCGCAUCAAGUGCCCCUUCCUCAUGUACAUACCGACGACGAAGAGUUUGCGGCACUCGAGAAGUGGCUGCGGUCAUACAAACCUGAAGAACUCUUCAAUAAAGGUGUCCCCAAUGAAGACCUGCUGAAAGCGUUCCCUAAACCAGAGCGCAUGAUGGGUCGCAACCCAAAAACAUAUGCAGCCUAUAAGCCUCUUGACCUUCCUGACUUUAAGAACCUUGGGUGCAAGCAAACUCUCAAGAGAGAUGAAUGGCAAAGCUGCAUGGUUGUGGGUGGCAAAUAUCUGGCGGGCGUGAUUGAAAAAAACCCGGCGAGCUUCCGCAUCUUUUCCCCGGAUGAACUUGAGAGCAACAAGCUUUCGGCUGUUUUGGAAAAGACUCACCGCAAUUUCCAAUGGGACCCCUUCAGUGACAAAGACGGGCGAGUCAUUGAAGUCUUGUCCGAACAUCAGUGUCAGGGUUGGAUGCAAGGCUACACUCUCACGGGAAGAGUGGCACUAUUUCCAAGUUACGAGAGCUUCCUGCCCAUCAUUACCACAAUGGUCAUUCAAUAUGCAAAGUUUCAAAAAGUUGCCCGCGAAACCAAAUGGCGUAAAGACAUUGCUUCAAUAACUUAUAUUGAAUCGUCCACAUUGUGGAGGCAAGAACACAAUGGUUACUCUCAUCAAAAUCCAAGCUUCAUCGAUGCCUUGAUCAAUCUCAAGACAAACAUGAUCCGCAUUUACUUUCCCCCGGACGCCAAUACAUUGCUGUCCACGAUCGACCAUUGCCUAGCUUCCAAGAACUAUGUGAAUCUCAUUGUUAGCUCCAAACAACCCAUGCCUCUCUGGCUUUCAAUGGAGGAAGCAAUCAAGCAUUGCAGGGCUGGAGCGUCUAUCUGGCGUAAAUUUAGUACUUACGAAGGGAAAGAUCCUGAUGUUGUGCUGGUGGGCUGUGGUAACGAAACUAUGUUCGAAGUUGUUGCCGCGGCUGCCAUGUUGAAGAUUGAUGCUCCUGAUUUGCGCAUCAGAGUCAUCAACGUCACAGAUCUGAUGGUGCUGAGUGCUAAGGGUGGUCAUCCGCAUGCCCUGUCGCAGGAAGCGUUUGAUGCACUCUUCACAAAGACACGCCCCAUCGUUUUCAACUUCCACGGUUAUCCGGCUGUGGUGCGCGGAUUAAUAUUUGAUCGAGAAAGUCUUGCUGGGAGACUCUCUGUGCAUGGAUAUAAUGAGGAAGGCACGACCACGACACCCUUCAAAAUGCUCACAGCCAAUGGAGUUUCACGGUUCCACAUUGCCAUUGAUGCUUUGCUGUCUGCGUCCCGCUCUGGCCAUCGAGAACUGGACUUGGAUGUACAUGUGCUGGUCAGUGAGUAUCAGAGCCGUUUGAGAGCUCAUGACCACUACAUCUUGAAGUAUGGCGAUGACCCGGAGGACCUGAAGGACCUUCCUCAAGUGUAAGACUCGUAGGAGGUUAGGGAUAGCGAUGAUUAUAGGGGAUCCUAACAUAUAACUGGAGGAUGGAUUGCACACAUAUCGCCUGUCGUCUUUGGGAUGUGAUGAACGAUACAUUUGUUGUACCCAAAAUUUCAUUACCUUCACAUUUGCCACAAAGCCAGGAUGCACAUUUUCAUCAUGUACAGACGGACGCAACGGGAUGUAUUUACCUCCGCAAUAAAAAUGACACAUAAACCAAAUGGACCUCAGCCGCACCCCACCUCAACAGCGUGGCAGUAA